UCGGGAUUUGCAGACCAAGCGGUGCUGGCGGGAGGUCUUAGUUGGAAAAGUCGACCGUGCAAGGCUGGGAUUGCAUCAAACCGGAACCUCUCUGAUGAGCCCAUGCUGGGGGUCUGCACCUUCUGGUCCUUCCCGGGAGGUUGUUGGAAGGGAGAUCAUUUAUGAACCGCCUACUGUGUGCUAAGAGACCGCGGUGAGGUGAAGGCUCCAGCCGGGAGUCACCGUGAGAUGUGAGAGUCAGAGACUUGAACCAGUAUCUUUCACUCCGGCUGUCUACUUUUCUUUCUCCCACAAAUGCAAGGUCAAAGAUGGGGCCCCGGACCCCAGAGCUCACGGACAGAGAGAAGACCCUCCCCCCGGGGACCUAGCCGCUUUGCAAUUCAGAGUUUUAGGGAGAAAAAUUAAGUGCUUCAUGUGUUACGCACUUAGAGGCCAAAUUUGAACUCAACUCUUUUUUACUCCUCCACCCUGCCCUCUCCUUUUUUUGGUUAAGUUUUAAAAUGCAAAAGAAUCCUCUUACCUAUUAAAAAAAAAAUACAUUGUUACAACCAGCAAAAUCAACUUUUUAUACCGAAUGGUGGAUAAAUAAAUGACUCUGAAUGGGCAGUUUUUCGCCUCUUUUUAAAAGGGUUGAGGAUUUGAGUGAAUCACCUAAGCAACUAUGAAUGUGUUGCAAUCAGUACUAGUGGAGGGAAUCCUGACAAUGAUUAGUUCUUGGUUCCAUUGGAGUAGAAAAUGGGAAUGUUAAUGGCUGCGGAGAUAUUUAUUGUAAAUCCAUAAACUUUCAGAUGCUUUUAAAAUGCUGUUAUUGAUUUUUAAAUUGAUGGUUUUGCAAGGCAUUUAUUGAAUUGUUCUUGUUUAGUUGACAAACUUUUUUUCUGUCUUUUUUUCUUUAAUCCUAAUUUUCUCAUGAUUUCUAGGCUCAAGAAAAUGUCUGGUAACAAUGAUUGGUUUCAGAGUUCCCGGGUUCCUAGCUUUGCUCAGAUGUUGAAAAAGAACUUGCCAGUUCAACCUUCUUCAACAACAGUCAAUCCUCCUCCAGGAUAUUCAUCAUCAGAGAACUAUAGUGUGUCAAAUUUAGCUUCUAAAGUUACACAAGUCACAGGCAACUUUCCGGAACCACUGCUUUCCAAAGUAGUCCUACCUAGUCCAAAUACCGUCCUUCCUCCAAAGAAGAUUCCCAAGGAAUUCAUUAUGAAGUACAAACGUGGAGAGAUAAAUCCAGUGUCAGCCCUCCAUCAGUUUGCACAGAUGCAGCGUGUGCAACUUGACCUUAAGGAAACUGUAACAACAGGUAACGUUAUGGGUCCUUAUUUUGCCUUUUGUGCUGUGGUGGAUGGUAUUCAAUAUAAAACUGGACUGGGACAAAAUAAAAAAGAGUCUAGAUCCAAUGCAGCCAAGCUAGCCCUUGAUGAGCUUUUGCAGUUGGAUGAUCCUGAACCAAGAAAUGUAGAAACGUCAGGUCCUCCUCUCAUCCCUGCAGAACCGAUUAUUUCAGCUGAGUCAAAUUAUGUUUCCAAGGUGCAUUACGAAGGGAGGCAUAUCCAGCAUGCAAAGAUCUCAGAGGCAAUUAAGGACACCUUUAAUCGUCUAACUGCCAAGCAUUCAGAAUAUUGGAAUUGUAGCAGCUCACUGGCUGCUUUUGUAAUUGAAAGAGCUGGACAGCAUGAAGUUGUAGCUGUGGGCACAGGUGAAUACAAUUACAGCCAGUGCAUCAAGCCGGAUGGGCGUGUGCUUCACGACACCCAUGCUGUAGUUACUGCGAGGCGUUCCUUGCUCAGGUACUUCUAUAGACAACUUCUGCUCUUCUAUAGCAAAAACCCUGCUAUGAUGGAAAAAUCAAUAUUUUGUACUGAACCUGCUUCUAAUCUCCUCACUUUAAAGCAGAAUAUCAACAUUUAUUUGUAUUUGAACCAAUUACCAAAAGGAUCUGCUCAAAUUAAGUCACAACUACGUCUCAAUCCUCGAUCCUUAUCUGCAUUUGAAGCUAAUGAGGAACUGAGUCUCCACGUAGCAGUAGAAGGCAAGAUUUAUCUCACAGUUUACUGCCCUGCAGAAGUGGUUAAUCGAGUGAGCAGCAUGUCCUCCAGUGACAAACUGACCAGAUGGGAGGUGCUUGGGGUGCAGGGAGCCCUACUCAGCCACUUCAUCCAGCCCAUUUACAUUAGCAGUAUACUUGUGGGGGAUGGAAGCUGCAGUGAUACUAGAGGAUUAGAAAUAGCUAUAAAGCAACGUGUUGAUGAUGCACUUACUUCCAAGCUUCCUAUGUUUUAUUUGGUCAAUAGACCUAACAUUAGCUUGGUACCAUCUGUAUAUCCACUUCUGACAGACUUGGAAUAUAAAUCCCUGAGUCUGAAUUGGGCACAAGGGGACAUUUCUUUGGAAAUUGUAGAUGGAAUAAAUGGAAAAAUCACCGAAAGUUCGCCCUUCAAAAGUGGUAUAUCAAUGGCGAGUCGUCUUUGUAAGGCUGCAAUGUUAAGUCGCUUUAAUCUGCUCGCCAAGGAAGCUAAAAGAGAAGACUUGCUUGAAGCUAGUACUUACCAUGCAGCAAAGUGCAUGUCUGGAUCCUAUCAAGAAGCUAAAACCUUGUUGAAGUCGUACUUACAGCAGCAUGGCUAUGGGUCCUGGAUCAUGAAGUCUUCCUGUAUUGAACAGUUCAGCAUGUGACCAUCUGUGUCAUGUAUAAACACUUGUAUUUUUUUUUGGUGUGUUUUGACGAGUAAAAAUGUUUAAAAAAAAAAAAAGAAAGAAAAGAUAUCAGUAGUGUUCAGCUUUCAAAUCAGUGUCUUACAACAGCAAUGUCCAGCAAAUGCUGAAAAUUUGUAAAAAUUCAUGUCAAUUUACAUUGAACCAUUAGUUGUUUUUUUUAGUAAAGCAAUUACUUUACUCAAAA